UCGUAGAAGAAGAAUUGAACAGUUCCCGGUUGUUGAGCCGCUCUGUGACAGUGUUGGUGGAUUACAAAAUCACAAUUUAUUCAACCCAUUACCACUUUCAUUUGCUUUUAGAAUUUUUUUUUUUUUUUUUUUAGCGUGGAUGUAACUAUUGAUGACGCUGCUGUUCAUUAGGAAUCAUCGCUGCAAAGACCUGUCAGGAUGGCAGCAGAUUCUGAGGUGACAGAGGACAUUGUGUUCAGAGGUGUGGAGUUUGCUGUGAAAAUCGAAGUGGAGAAAAGUUUGCUUAUAGUCGAAAUAUCCGACUCUGUAACAGCAGAUCAGUGGAGGGGAGAGUUUGAUCCACCGUACAUUGAAGACCUCACUCGUAAAACUGGAAACUUCAAGCAGUUUCCCAUUUUUUGUAGCAUGUUGGAAUCAGCUGUUAGAAAGACAAGUGAUUCUGUUACACUUGACCUGUUGACCUAUGCUGACCUGGAGUUGCUACGCAACAGAAAAGUAGGUGUGGUUAGUCGUCCUCGCAGCCAUCAGCAGCCAUCUGCUCUCACUGCCAAGAGAUAUCUUAUCCUCAUAUAUACUGUGGAGUUCGACAGGAUACACUACCCUUUGCCUCUGCUCUUUGUGGGUAAACCGGAUCCUGCUGCUCUACAGAAGGAGAUCCGAGCGCUGAGGAACGAGCUCGCUGCUCUCAGCUCUCCUGGAGUGAACAAAUCUGCAGAACUAGAAAUACAAAGGCUGCGCGCAGAGCUCGCUCAUGUAAAAGAGGAGAAGGAGGCCAUAGCCAAGAUUCUGGAGCGACUGCAGCUUGGUGGCAGCGGGUCCACGCCUGGACGGGAGGACUGGAGGAUCAGAGAUGUGGUCAGAAUGUUGGAGGAGCAGCUUGUGAAGGAGCGGGCAAAAAGUCAACGCUCUGCGAGCAAAAGGAACCAGGAGCAGCGACUCUUAAAAGAGCAGUUGGAGGAGCUGAGGGCAUCUGAGCGUGCACUGUGUAUUCGGGUCAAGGGCCUCAACAAUGAACUGGCGUUGCUGCGGAGAGGGUUGGGCAAUCGGAGCGUCAAAGCAAGUCCUGUAUCCAGUCACAUGGACUUUCAUGCUGAUGGAGGAAUCUAUCGCUCCAUCUCCCGUGAGAGGAGGUCUGCACACAGGGCAGUCAGGGCCCGUUCUGGGUCUGGAGAGAGAAUAGAGGGCAGAGGGCAAAGGUCAGAUGAACGGGGAAGAAGAGCAGACUCCUCAGGGCCACGCAGUUCCGUGUCACGGCCGUCACCCUCGCCCACUGGCUCACGAGGAACACGGUUUGACCCGACAGCUUACGUCCAGGACCGACAGCGCAGACUGAAAGAGGUUGAACUUGCGAAACACAGGAAAGUGCGUAGGGACAUGCUGGCAUCGCCAAAUGUCCCUGACAGGGGGCGCUCACAUUCAAGAGAGGUCUAUCCUUCAGUGUCACGCUCUGGCAGCAGAGGCAGAAGUUCAUCUGUGGAACGGAGGAGCAGGAACUCUUCUCAGAGCUCCUUAGUGGAUAUGGAUGAAAUGGUCAAAACUUUGUACAGAGGAAGAAAAACUUACAAUGGACCCAGUGUGUCCAGAGGAGGGCUUUUGACCAGGAAGCCAUUAUCCAGUACUCCAACACAAAGAAUCAAAGACGGUGAGUGCUCCAUAGAUACGGGGGCAGAGCUGUCUGAGAUUGAUGCCAGGCUGCAGGCACUUCAGGAAUACAUGAGAGACCUGGAUACUGGACAGUGACUACAGCUGUACAACCUCCUGGCCAAACAUCAAACUUGUUCUCUGAUUACCCUGCAGCAGGUUUUCCUACUGUGGACAAGUUCAGUAUUUUCCAGAGUAUAAAUUGCACCAAAGUGUCACAUUAGUCCAAGACUGUGUCAUGAAGAAGAAAAGUGUCAUACUGGUCUAUAAAUUAUUUUUGAAAUGUGGUGCUAUCACUUCAUACAACAAGAAGCAAAAUUAAUUUAAUCUGCAUAUCGUUUAUAAUGCAAACUCCAUGUUAGCGAGCAGAAGCUAACAAUCUAAUGUUAUCAUAGGCACAAAAGGCGAGUAAAAUGAUUCUUGUCCCCACUGAACAGAUGAUCAUAGGUAAGGUAAACAUACAAUGUAAUUAACAUUUGAAAAUGCAUUAGUGAUCACAACCAAAGUAAUUUUAUUGUAUGAGGCAUAACACUCAAACUGUUUUUGGCCAUUGAACAGUCAUAGAAGAAGUACAUGUGCAAUUUAAUGAAAUGUUUGAAAACAGUUGUUACAUUACUGAUUUAUAAUGCAAACACUGUUCUCGCGAGCAGAAACUAAUGUUGUACAAGGCACAAAAUGUGAAUAAACUACUUGUCACCGCUAAACUGAUGAGAAUAGGUGAAGUAAAUGUGAUGUUUUAAAAUUUGGUGUAUUAUAAUGAUUUGACAUGGUGACCUGCCAUUGCUGGUGUUAUCUCGCACAGUGAAGCAAGUGUUGAGCUGAGUAGUAUGAAGGUUAUAUUCCGUCUUUGUUCGGUCUUUCAGUUUGAGAGUAUGCUUUCUUAAAUUUUCUUUCAGACACAAACUCUUAUUCGGAUCAUUUUCUUGUUUUACAGCAGUUGGCAUCCAACUUAAUGGUGCGUUACCGCCGCCUUCUGCUUCUGAGUGUGAAUUACAGUACCUCAUUAAGCAUACAGGACCAGGUUGUCAUAUGUGUAGAUGAUGCCAUCUUAUGGCCAUAGAUGACAGUGCAGUUUUUUUUCCCCCACAAGUCACUUUGGACCUGCACAACCUUCAAAACUAGUAAAACAAACAAACAGCAACAACAACAACAAAAA